ACUACUUCAUUUUUGCCACCAAUAAUGCGUCCCACAAUUAUAAAUGAUCACCUUAUGACUUCCCAAAUCAUGCAUACAUGCACUACUAUUUUACUCCUCAACCUACACCAAUACACCAUCCAUCAUACCUUAUUUUCUCAAAGAAUUGGGAAAAUCAACAAAGAAAAACAUUAAGCUACCUAAGAGUGAAAAAAUGGAGGGAGAAGCAAAGACAUCAAUACCACCUCAUGUACUAGUAUUCCCAUUUCCUAUACAAGGCCACAUAAACCCAAUGCUCCAAUUCUCAAAACGAUUAGCUUCCAAAGGCCUUAAAGUCACCUUAGUCACAACCCAAUCACUAUCCAAAUUACUCCCUCCUCAGUCUGAGUCCAGUCUGAUCCAAAUCCGAUUCAUUUAUGAUGGCCUCAAAGAGGGCGAAAAACUUGAUCAUGAGGGCUACUUAGAGCUUUUCCAAAGAGUAGUCCCUAUAAGCCUAGCUAACCUUAUUGAAGAGUACAAAGUAACAAGCCACCCUGUGAAGUUCAUAGUGUAUGAUUGUUUAAUCACUUGGGUCUUAGACUUGGCCCGGACGGUUGGGAUCGACGGGGCCCCGUUUUUCACUCAAUCAGCAACCGUUCAUUCCAUACAUUACCAUGUAUAUGAAGGAGCAUUAAAGUUUCCGUUUAAAAGUUCAUUGAUUUCAAUGCCUUCAAUACCUUUGUUAAAGGUUGAUGAAAUGCCUUCUUUGAUAGUUAAUCCUGGGAUAUAUCCUUCUCUUAAUGACCUUAAUAUCAAUCAAUCUUUGAACUUCCACAAGGCUAGUUUGUUGUUCUUCAAUACUUUUGACAAUUUGGAAUCUCAGGUAAUUUUUAUUUUUAAAAAAACUUUUAUGUUUUACUUGUAUUAUUUUAUGACUAAGUUGCCUAAAGUUUUUAUAUAAAUAUGUUUGUUAAUU